AUGUAUUCUAAAAUGAGAUUAGAGGAGGAUCUGGUGAUCCGCAGGAGCCGACCCACGAUGAUCUCCGCUAAAUAUCGCGCCCGCGAGGAACGUCGCCGUCUGCUCAAGAUUUCCGCCGGCAAGCUGAGGAGGAUCGAGGAUCCUGAAGCAAGCCUGUGCCGAUCGGUUCUUAUAAAUAACGCGGUACGACGGUUGCAACGUGACAAUCGGGACGACAAGACACGAAGUUACGGUACACUUCCAAUAGUGGCGUCAUACAUGGACGAUGCUAGCAAGGAAAAUAGCAUUGUCGGGAGUCUCAUCGCCGACGUAACGAACGAGGAAACUUCCUCUAGGAAAAGGUUGGCUGACGAUUCGAGAAACGACGAACUCAAUUCCAAGCGGCAUAGGCAUGAUGACUUAGACUUGCAAGAUGAUGUAUUCAGUGACUUCUACAUCUUACCACCGACGCCACGUUUGCUCUCGCAUAUCGAUGAAAUUCAACCAGAAGCGUUAGUGUCGCAUCAUAACGGCAGUCACCAUCUGGGCUUCUCGGAGGACCGCUUGAGCGGCGGCGUGGCUGACGUGCGAUCGAAUGGCACAAUCAUCAGCACAAGUAGCACCUCCACAACGACUAACGGCAUUGGAGUCGACAGCGUGACAAGCUGCCAUUCCGUGCUUUUCCCCGUUGUCGGAGAUCUCGACGACACGAGCGUACAACUCUCGAGACCAGGAACCGAUAUGAUGGAGGUGGACGUAGUCGAUCCCGAUCGGCUUUGUGACUUUUCUAGAUUCGCCGACUCGGCGAAGACGCUGGAAGAACGACUGGCCGAGCUGCAGUCUUUGGAUGAGCAUUUCGACCUUACCAAGUUCGAGCGUAAUAACAAUCAGAGUUGCGGCCGGGCCUUCCAUGACAUACAGACCUUCCACAGCCUCGUGCCAGGUCUGGAAACUUAGACGAUGGUACUAUAUCUCGAGCCAACGAUGUUGCAGAACGCCAACGGCGACGGUGAUGCUAGCUUUAUGAUACACAGAGUCGCCUGACGAGAAAUUAUGUGUGAAUCUCGCGUUGGCCUUAUCUUUAUGCGCUCGUAGAUGGGAAAUGUGUGAUCAAGCGCAUGCCGAUGCGUUAAGUACUCUGAAGGACUUUUUACCGUGGGCAAAUGGAUGGGCUAAAUUCUAU